GCGGGAAUUACGAGAAUAUAUUGCCUAUAGAGAAUUUGUUGACAAUAAAAUAGCACACGCAAAGAAAGAGCUUUGUUUAUUCCCAGUUAAGCCAACGACCAAGAGACAAUACAAAUUUUCCCAAUAUUUCAAUUACGAUCAUAUCCCUUGGGCAAUGCUGAUUUAUCCUCCGCCUUUUCACGAACUGAAUCGCUCUCAUACUGGAGAUGCAUAG